AUAUAAGAUUAUCAACCUUUAACUUUUUCAUUGUUAUUAUUUACAUUGCACUCAACGAUUCUGCCGAAGAUUUUAAAUUAUUUUUCCUAAUUAUGACUUUAAACUUGCUUUUUUUAAUGAUAAAUAAUUUUAAAUUUGCAAUUGUUGAUGUAAAAGUCAUCAUAAUUUCUGAGAAUCACAAAUUUUAAAAACUUGAUUCUAACUAAGGGUGAAGACUUGGAAUUAGCAAGUUUAUUCUCUCAAAUUUAUUUUGGGUGAAGUGAUGCUGUUUUAUCAAUUGUUUAUAGAUUUACAUAUAUUUAAUUGAAAACGUUAGCUGAGUAAAAAAUUAACCACCAGUCCAGGGGACAUUUGAUUCAAACAAAACAUUUUCUUUUGUAUGAAGUUAUGUCAAUUUAGUAGAUAGCAUAUGUAAGAAAUUAUUUCUCUGAUGUCUAAAUUUUGAACAAAAUAAAAUUUGAAUUUAAGAUGGAGCGAGAGAAGAAAAUGAAAAGAACAGGGAAUAAGGUGAAACCUCUUCAUGAUUCAGAUUUCAUUGCUCUGGGCUCCAAACCUGCUGCACGCCAAGCUGAAGAUACUAAAAUUAAAUCCAAAUCCUCUCUGCAUUCAACUGCUUCAUCCGAAAGGAAAACCGAGGCUUCAACUUCUGCUGCAUCUGUGAUACCUGCCAAGAAAGCUAAGCUUGCCUCAUCUGCUUCUACUUCUCAUGUAAAGCGCGUGGGAUCUGUCAGUAAAAAAGAAACUAUCAAAGGUGAUGAAUGGGAGAGUAUUGCUGUAGAAGUUGAACCUUGUGACCUUGUCAAUAAGGUUAUAGAUGCUGAAGAUAUCAGCGAUGAUGAAAGAAUAGAAGCCCUUUUGUGUGGGGCUGCAAAGAAGUUAAAGGCUUCUCGCACUAAAGUCGAUAACCUUCUAUUCUUGAGUCUGCAAUAUCUUGUGAAAUCGAGACCAUUUUUAUUUUGUACUGAACUAACCAUUGAAGCAUUUAGUAGCUUGUUAAAGAAAGAUUUAAAUGUAAAUUUUAAGUCAAAGGGAAACAAUUUGAUAUCUAUAUUGGCCGCUAACAUUUUGAUGUUUGCUCACAAAGAUGACAGUAAUUGGCCUGAUGCAUUCGUUAAAGCUUAUAUUGAAGAUUCUCUAGGAGAACGUAUGUGGGUUGAUCAUGAUUAUUGUAAAGGUUUUGUAGAUAACAUAUUAACUGCAUUCAAAACGAAAUCAAUCCCUAAAAAUAUGCUAAUUCCUGAAAGGUUGUUCAAACCAGAGGCUUGUCCUAGUCCCCCAAACAUUGCUACUGAUGAUGAUGAAUCGUGCUCUAGUAUAAGCUUAGAGACACAAGAAAGCUUAGAAGGUGUUGCUGUAUUUCCCAGGUAUGUUUAUAGUGAAGAAAGUUUGACUCAGCAUGUUCUAGAAGUUGUUGGGGAGCAACUGACUCGUAGGCAGCCAUCAGAGGUGUCUCGUAACAUGCUACGUUUUUUGGUAUCAACGUGCGGUAUAAGUGAAAUUAGAUUAUCAGCUGUUCAGAAACUAGAACUCUGGUUGCAGAAUCCUAAACUAGCUAAGCCAGCUCAAGAUUUACUGUACGCUAUCUGUCUGAAUUGUAAUCAACACAAUCAAAAUGACGUAGAAGUUAUAAGUCAGCUCAUAAAAAUCCGAAUGAAAGCUAAACCUAUCAUAAACCAUUAUCUACUAUGCAUUAAAGAACUUCUUAGUCAGCACGCAGAAAAUUUAAGCUCUUUACUCAAACAUGCUAUUUAUAAUGAACUGUCUAACUCGAGAAGUCCAAAUAAUAUGCAGUUGCUUUCAAUUAUCUUUCAGCAUUCACCCGACCAAGCUGCUAAAGUGUUGGCUGAGGUAUUUUUGGAUUUGCUUUGCAACAGAGAUGAUUAUUUGAGAGGCUUGCGAGUGUUAUUGCGAGAAAUUGUGCGUACCGUGAGGCAUGAUUUUAAUUUUUAUUUGUUCUGUAUCGGACUUCUUCAAGAACGUAGAGAUCCAUCAUUUGCCACUUUAGAAAUGCCUUUGAAAGAAAGAGUGUUUUUAUCGAUUGCAGAUUUGAUUGUUUUAGCUAUAUUUCUGGGAAUUACUCCUUCCGUUAAGGACCAGUUCACUGCCUGCUCUAGAGGAGAAAAGAAAGAUUUGAGUGCACUUCGCAACUACCAAAUGCAUGUUUCUAAUAUUCAGAGGGAGGCAGUCUGGUGGUUAUACUCAGUUGUUCCAAAAAUAUACAAACCAGGACGUAAUGAGUUCCACCAAAGCAUUCAUAAACUUCUCUUUCGUGAACACAUAGAACACUACUUUAACAAAGAGAAUUGGCCAUCAGAAAAUGAAAAAAUGCUCUUGUUUCACAUAUCAUCGGAAGUACCGCUGCUUGAGGAUACUUUAAUGAGAAUACUUAUUAUUGGUCUGUCACGUGACCACCAUCUCUCAGCACCUGAAGCAUUAGAACUUGCUGACCAACUUGUGAAAAGGUCUGCAAUGACAUUCUUUGAUGAUUUUCCUGUGUUGGAAAUGGAUAACACCGAAUUAUACGACUUCAUUUUCAAUUUGUGUGCUUACCAUCAUCCGGAAAAUAUAACGCUUCCUCAAGGCUAUCAUCCUCCUAAUUUAGCAAUCUCUGAGCUAUAUUGGAAAGGUUGGUCAAUGUUAUUAAUAAUCAUUUGCCACAAUCCUAGCACUUUUGGUGAAAUGGCUUGGAAAACAUGUCCUAUGCUUAGGAAUCUAAUGGAAAUGUGCAUAACCAACCAAUUUGUUUUCCCACCCCCGACAAUGGCACUGGGAGAAAAAGCAGAUGAAAUUCGUAGCCGGGAACUUCAAAUGAGCCAAAUGGAGAAAGAUCAAAUUCUUAUAUUUGAAACUCAUUUGGCUGCUGCUUCUACUAAAGUUACUAUAACGGAAUCAAACAGUCUAUUGUUAUCUAAAUUGAUAUCAAUGGACCCUCACGGACCUGCCAGAAAGCCACCUGUUGUUAUCCUAGAUCAAUUAAAAGGUUUAAAUUCCAAACUGAAGCUUGGUGAUUUGCUUUGUCGUAGUCGAAAUCCUGACUUUUUGCUGGAUGUCAUUCAGCGACAAGGAACUACUCAAUCCAUGUCUUGGCUUAGUGAGCUGGUUGAGUCAAGCGCAAGCUCUUUCAAUAUGUUACCAGUGCAAUGCUUGUGCGAGUUCCUGAUCAGUGAUCAUGGAGGUUUGAUUGAUGUAAACGAAGACAUUAACUUCAUGAAAAAGAAGAAAAAGCAAGAGCAGUUGCUUUUUCAUCUGCAGAAGUUGCUCCAUGAUCCUGAUAGUGAACCUCAGGACACAGUGGAAGUUAUUAGUUAUUUUAUGAAACGGUUGAGCUCUCAGCAGUCUAGUGCCAGGACACUUGCUCUAAAAGGCUUGGAAUUACUUUUAACUCAGCCUAAUAAGAGUCCUGCUUCUGAUGAUGAAGAUAUGGUUCAGAAGAAUUUAUGUGGUGAAUAUAAUUGGUUGUUAAAGAGUAUGCCACUUUUACCUCAUUUUGAGGUGAUCCGUACUCAAAUAAGCAUAUUUUUAAGACAAGCAUGUCAAAUUGAAAAUGAACCUUUAGCUAUUGCAUCCUAUGUUGCUUUCUUAGCCAUUCAUACUCCUGAUAAUAAUUUGCAAGAAUUUGGAGAUUUAGCAUUGGAUAUGGCUCAGAUGAUUGUGGAACGGCCUACUAUCGUCAAUACCAUUUUACCUAAUGAAAAUGUUUGCAGUGAUCAAGGAAAUAAUUUUUUGGCCUCUGUUUCAGAAAUAUUUUUCAAAUAUCUUAGUGCUGCCAAAAUACCUUCAAAGGAAGUAUAUUGCUGGUCUGAAUCACAGGAUCAGAUACUCAUUCAAUGGGCCUCGGGUGAAUCAGCUACAAUGCAUAUAUUAGUUGUUCAUGCUAUGAUAAUUGUGCUAACUUAUGGUCCACCCUUGACUGGUACCAGAUCUUACUUUGAUGCCUUGCUUCAAAUUUGGUUCCCAGAAAAUUUUGAACAACCAAAAGCCUUUUUAGUCGAUACAUCUGAGGAAGCACUUUUGCUCCCUGAUUGGCUGAAAUUGCGAAUGAUUCGAUCAUCAGUUGGUGUCUUAGUAGAUGCGGCGUUAAAAGACUUAGAUCCUUCCCAGUUGGUACUUUUUAUUCAAUCAUUUGGAAUCCCUGUUUCUAGCAUGAGUAAACUCUUAAAGACUUUGGAUUUGGCGGUUGAAUUUGACAGCUUUUCUGUUGAGGAAGCUGUGGUGGAUAAAUCUUAUAUGUCUCAGCUAGUUGAAGUUCAACAUCGAAGAGGAGCAUCUGGCGGGGAGAAAUUUGCCAAGCUCUUACUCGAGAAUGAUUCUACUGAUAUGUCUUAUGAUUGCGAUGCUGUCCCUAAUCAAACUCCGGUCAUACAGCGUGCUCCUCCUAAGCUCUCGACAGCCAUUGAUCCGGAUUCAAUAUCUAUUUCUCUUGUCAAGCUUUUAGGAUUAAAUCUAUCAAGUGGUGUAUUGAGUGCCAAGCAAGAACAAGAUUUGUUCAAAGGUUUACAAAAAGCCUUAUCUAAAGACAUCCUGGAUAAAACUUCUGAUAAUGGUUCCAUAAAUGUUUUUAUUCUUACUUGUGAACAAAUUCUGCGAAGUGAAUCUAAAAUGGCUUUUCUACAAGCUCUUCAUAAGAAAUCAUACUAUUCUUCUGUGCUCUUUAGAUUAGCCACAGCAUCACAAGCUAAUGUUGAUAUCAACAAGAACAUAUUGGCUCAGAAGUUGAAAUGGAUUUGCCAGCAAAUCAUUUAUAUUCUAUCUGCUACCAGCUCAUCUCUUCUAACAGUUGCUUCCCAAUUUUACAAUAAGCAUAAGCCUCCUGAAACAAAGAAGCCUGCACCAUGGAAAUUAUUUGUGCAGCAAUUCGAUCCUGACAAUAGUGAAAGUAUUUCUAAAAUUGUCCAAGCAGCUGAGACAGAUGAUUCCUUACGUUUGGAAGAAGUCAUGCAGUAUUUGGUAAGAAAUGCAAUCAGUAAGGUUAAUACUAAACCUCUUAUGACUGCUAUGACAAAUAUCACUAUAAAACGAUUAACCAUGGCUAUCAGCCCUAAUAUUAAGACAUUCAAUCGUUCCAAGUUUUGUUUCUUUGUCGAUUGGCUAGAAUGCCUGGAACCCAAAAUAGUCAGUUCUUUUCCGAAAUCGCAAUGCCAUUUAUUAUUUUCUCUCAUAAGCAAUCAACAAGAAGCAAUAACUGUACCUUUUAGACCUUAUCUUCUAGCUCUUCUUAUUCAUCAGUCUAGUUGGGAAACAUUGCAUUAUUACAUUUGCACAAUUUUGAACUCUGGUGAUUUGGACGUUAAGUUUGAUCCAACUUCAGUUUUAGACUUCCUGCAUGCUUGCAUAUACAUUCCGAAGAUAUGGCAAGGUCGAUAUAAGAAGAAACAUAAGCGAGGAUGUGAAGAAGAUAUUCUUGCUUUAACAGAGGACCAAAUGAAAUGUGUUAUAGAUUAUAUUUUGGAAGAAGCUGGAUCUAAAUGUACCGAAACCAUAUCAGAAGAGACUAAUGUUUUGAGUUUAACUUCAAGUGUCAAUAAUUCAGUUUAUGAAAAGAGAUUGAAGCUACUAAUGAAGUGCUUGGCUCAUCGAAGAUCACUGAUUAAUGCUUCUGUUCAUCACUUACUCGACGUCAUCAAAAAUGGGACAAUACGAAGCAAAUUAGCACACGAGUUGUUGCUUCAAGCAUACCACCAAAUACCAUCCAUUCUCAUACUGAUAUCAGAUUCUCUUACUUUCUUGUCUGAGGGAGUGCAGGAGUUGAAAAGUAACAGUUGUAAGCUGGAUAUCAUAUCUCACAGUUUGCUGUUAUCUCUAGCCAGAACAGAUUCGAGCAAGCAGUGUCUGCCGAAGAUGAUACGCAUCGAAUUCAUCUGCAAGAAAAUGGCCAGCACUCACCCGUUACUGCUUCUAAGGCAGUUACCCAUGAUGAUUUCUUUGUUACGGGGAAGAGUUCACUUAGAGUACCAUCUUUUCCGCUUCCAGAACCAUGUUGCCCUUUUCAGCUGUUAUCUGAGCAUUCUCGAGCUGUUGCCACCUUUCUCCUUUAAAAAUGAAUACACCUCUGACUUGCACAAUAUAUUGUCUUUGUAUAUAGAAGUUUUCCAAACAUACGGAACACCUAAAGAAAUCAUGCAACUUCUAAACCGGUUUUUUACCUUCCUGAUUCAGUACCUAGGAACAAAGCCUGUCCAAGCGCGGGUAUUUAUUCAGCAAUACAGCGAAAUAUUGCUGGAUUUAGCCUGCCAUCACCCAGAUCUAAUAAACUUUCGAACUAUUCUUACAGGGACCUGUAUGCACUUUCGUAGUACCCCUGGUACCUCUUCUAGCCCAGAGGAUAAGGCCGAACCCUCCAUCAAUGAUUUAAUAGCUGGGUUGCAGCUCCAGACGAACUUGUCCCAAUCCAACUAUCCAUCAAUUGCUAAUCGUUUGUCCCAGGGAAAUUCUGAUGAUAUAUCCGCUGCUUUGCAAGAAUUGGAGAGCAUAUCCUAUAAGAAACCCGGAAUCUUGGAGAAUGUUGUUGAUAAUUUAAAGACUUUAAUGCAGGACAGCAAUGUGCAGUUUCGUAUGACUGCUUUCAACCUCGUGAUGCGUUACGUCAAACAUAAUCCGAAUCGUGGUUUAUUGUUUAUUUCAAAUUACCUGCAAUGCUUGGAGAGUGAGCAUGUUGACAUUGUCUUGACUGCUCUGGAACAUUUACCGGAAUUUACUGUUUUAGUCCAAGAAUAUGCUACAGUGCUGUUGCAGAAAACAUUCUGCAUUGGAAUGAUGAAGAAUAUUAAUACCGCUUCACAAAUUAAAGGAACAAUAGCUUAUUUUGUGGCACAGAGUGGUUCAUAAAUUGUACGUUUCAUUUAUUGUUCUUCAUGAAUUCAUGAUGAAACUUCUACGUAAUAAUUCUUGCUGUAAAUUUUUAGUUGAAUUAAAGUAUUGCUGUUUUA